UAGCGAUUCACUCGUGGUUAUUAGGAAAGGGAGCGGAGCUGCUGCGGUUUUAGUGUUGCGUUGAAACAUCGGAUCACAGGCAGCGUUUUAUUUCUCUAUCGCUCACCUGUAGUAGAAAAUCCGACAUGAGAUCUCAGGUGCGUUUUGGUAAGCGGUAGGGACGUCGGAAGGUAGUGUAGGAUUCGUGGUGGAAAUCAUUGGAUUUUUUUUUUUUAAGAAGCCAUAUUUCUGCGUAAAGACGCGCUAUCAAUCGGUUUGUCCUCCAUGCUGAAGUCAGCGAGCUCUGGUAUGGCGGCCUGCGCCCCUGGGAGCCGCUUUAACGGCGGAUACAGCACCAGCAGCACCGGUACCAUCACCAUCACCAGCAGCACCGCGCCCGCUCCGCCUCCGGUCUCUGCGUACAAGGCCAAACAGAAAGGCUUCUGCCUGGUUAGGAUGAUGAAUCUGAACGGUAAAAAAGGGACCGCAGAUCCCCGGAAACAGCAGCACCAGCACGGCACCGUGCCCUUUAUCAUUCACUGCCACAUCGGUAAAGAAAUCAAGCACAUUUGUGGCAACUGCAGCCGCGCCUCCGAAGCGCAAGACGCGGAGGAGGUGGAGCGUUUGGCUGCCAUGCGUUCCGAGUCGCUCGUCUCCGGCACGCACACGCCGCCGAUUCGCCGCAGGAGCAAGUUCGCCACGCUCGGCCGACUUUUCAAACCCUGGAAGUGGAGGAAGAAGAAGAGCGAGAAGUUCAAGCAGACCUCAGCAGCUCUGGAGAGGGAGAUGUCGGCGAGGCAGAGCCGGGAGGAGCUCAUCAAACGGGGAGUGCUGAAGGAGAUCUUUGAGAAAGACUCAAGGAUGGCUGUAGUGAAGCAGGAGGUGAGGCUGGAGAAUGGUUUGUGUGCGACGCCCAACCCUUUAGAGAGCAGCCGAGCGACUGAGCUGCUAAUGCAGGGACUGACAGACGGCCACGGGGCGGCUCCUCUGGAAUUCCGGGCCUCCAUGGAAGGCAGUGUUUGUCCUCAGGACCAGUCACUGAAGUCGUCCCUGGUUCUGCCUGCUAAGAAAUCUGUGGUUUUUGCAGGUGAGGUUCAGGAGAACUCUGCGAAAGCUGCGCUCUUCCACAAGCAGCCGCCAGCUCUGCCGCCCAAGCCUUUUACACGGCAGAUCAACCACAGCAUAGAGCCAUGUCAGACCCUGAAGCUGCCCUGUGUUCAGGGCAAACACUCUCCUCCUCUUCCUCCUAAGAAAGUGAUGAUCUGCGUGCCAUCUGGAGGUCUGGAGCUGCCUGUCUCGUCCCCGAGCCCUCUCGCCACCUACCCUGGGAAGUGCACUUCCAUGAUGCACCACGGCAGCCUGGGGGGGCAUCACGGACACCCGCACCAGCUGCAGUACGGCAGCGUCCCCAGCCGCAUCAUCGAGGAGCUCAACAAGACGCUGGCGCUGUCCAUACAGAGGCUCGAGAGUUCAGCAUUGCAUUCUGGGCAGUGUGGUCUUUUGGAGAGCAGACCGGUGCCCACAGUGGUGAUCGAGUGUGAGGACGAUAAAGAGAACAUGCCCAGUGAGUCAGAUUACGAGGACUUACCCAGUAUGUACAAGGAAGACCUGGAGGAAGAAGACGAGGAGGACGACGACGAGGACGACGACUCGCUAUUCACGAAUACUUUAGCCCUGAAGGUGAUGAGAAAAGACUCGCUGGCUAUAAAGCUGAGUAACAGGCCGUCUAAGCGGGAGCUGGAGGAGAAGAACAUCCUGCCCAUGCAGACGGAUGAGGAGAGACUCGAGUCCAGACAGCAGAUCGGCUCCAAACUCACACGGAGACUGAGCCAAAGACCCACAGCGGAGGAGUUGGAGCAGCGAAACAUUCUGAAACCACAGAAUGAGCAGGACGAGCUGGAGGAGAAAAGGGAAAUCAAACGGCGACUCACACGCAAGCUCAGCCAAAGGCCCACAGUAGAGGAACUACGGCAGGCCAAGAUCCUGAUCCGCUUCAGCGAUUAUGUAGAAGUAGCCGACGCUCAGGACUACGACCGGCGGGCUGAUAAACCCUGGACACGCCUCACUGCUGCAGACAAGGCUGCCAUACGGAAAGAGCUCAACGAUUACAAGAGCAUGGAGAUGGAGGUGCAUGAAUCCAGUCGCCAUUUAACCAGGUUUCACAGGCCGUAGACGAGUGUAGACCCGGACCGGACCACACUGGACCAGAGUUCCCGGGUCUGGACCUCUUGUUCACUCUGAACCACAAAUGCUGGUCAAAUCGAUGGUGCACGAAAAUCACACAAAAAGCCAAGUUCUACAGAGGGAGGGGCAAAUAUUUAUUUUAUGCCUUUUACAAAAACCCAGGACAUCGCCCCAAAACCUCACCAGCCUGAAAUUUCGCUGUAAGAAGGGGGGGAAAAUCUGUGUUUCUGAUCAUUUUUUUCGUUUAUUUUUUCCUCCAAAAAUUUUUCUGGUUCACCUUUUUCUUUUCCCCCCCUUUUUCCCCCCCACGUCUUCUCCAGGGCGGUCAGAAGGUGGCGCUGGAGCACUUCGGCUCGGGGGGGUGGGGGUGGGGAGUAUGGGGGGAUAUUUUAUGGUGCGAGCUACGAAAAUACGUGUUUAGAGCGUCGUCUCUCUGGCGCCCUCUGCUGGCCAAAACCGUUACACACACACACACACACACACACACACACACACACACACACACACACACACACACACACUGUACAGACUCUAUGGACCUCUGCAGUAAACUGUGAGCGGCGGAGCUCAGACGGCGCUUUGCGCUCUCGCCACGUGUACAUUAUGUUUAUACGGAUUAUUGAGUAGAAUAUUUUAAACGUGUAAAAUUCAUUAUUAUACAAAUGAGGAACGGAAACCUUUAUUUAAAAAAGGAAGGGCUUGCUCGAGGGGAUCGGAUCAGAGGAUGCAGAUGUACAUGUACAUGAUUAUAUAUGAAGUGUCUCUUUUUUUUUAUUUUAAUUGAUUUUUUUUUCAUUCUGAACCUGCUAUUUUUUUCCUCAUUAUUAUUAUUAUUAUUAUUAUUAUUAUUAUUAUUAUUAUUAUUAUUAUUCCUUAAAGAUGAAUAGCUCAACCCAAAUCUCAGUUCGAAGCCCAGGGAAAUUUUUUUUAUAUAUAUAUACGUGUAUUUUAUUUUAUUUUUUUUUUAUUUUAUUUUUUUUUGGCCAACAGAAACACACACACAUCUGCUUGUAGGAUCACGGGAUUGUAGGUUCACGUACGUGCACUAAAUAUUACCCCACGUUCAACUUGAUAUUACUUUGAUUUCUGAAGCUGAUCAGACUGAGCAAUAUUUUUUAUGCCUGUAAGGAAAUGUCAUAAUACGCCUGUGAAAUAUCUGCAGUAAUCUUGUUUAUUAUUAUUAUUAUUAUUGUUAUUAUAAUUUUUUUUAACAUUGCUGUAACUUGUAGAAUGAACUAAACCACUCUGAAAGCCAAUAUUCAAUGUGGUUUUUUUUGUUUUAUUUUUAUUUUUUUUUAUUAUUAUUUAUAUAACUUAAAUUUUAUCUGAACUCUAA